CAAGACUAGCCCCUUUCUUGACAUACGGUCAACCGUCAGCGACCACAAUAUGGCAACGACAACGUCCACCAAAGACCGGAAUCUGCUCGCAGUCAUUGGGGACGAGGACUCCAUCACUGGUUUACUUCUCGCUGGCAUUGGGCAUAUAAACGACAAACAGAAGAAGAACUUUCUAAUCGUAGAUUCCAAAACACAGGUGUCGACUAUCGAGGCGGCCUUUCAGGAAUUCACGGAACGGAAAGACAUUGCCAUUCUGCUAAUAAACCAACAUAUUGCCGAGAAAAUACGGCCAACAGUUGACAAGUACCAGCAGGCGUUCCCGGCACUGCUGGAAAUACCCUCAAAAGAUCAUCCUUACGACCCUUCCAAGGACUCGGUCCUUAAACGUGUUCAGAAACUCUUUGGAGAGUGAUAGUCGUGAUAUCCGUAUACAUGGACUUGGAUGCUCCCAGUUGUAUUAUAAUGAUACAAUUCUUCAACAACCCCAACCGCUUGCCCAAUUUCCGGACCAAAAUCGAGAAGCAUUACGCAUACCACCGUCUGACAGGUUCGCUCUC